AUGAGCAUCAUGGUGACGAUGGGUGAUGCAUACUGCUUUACUAAGCUUAACAAGCCAGGGGAAGCCAACAAAGGCUGUAUGCUGGAUGGAAAACUAUACCCCUUUGGAGAGAUUGCAAGGACAGAUAAUUGUUUCAGAUGCAGCUGCAACAAACAUUCAAUGGGAUGCUGCUCACUCUUUCAUACUCCUGUUAGUUAUGACAAGGAGAACUGUAAAGUUGUUUUCAACAAGGAAAAAUGUGACUAUGAUGUGGUGCAGAAGAGUGACCCCUCAAAGGAGUGUUUUGUUUAUUCCCGUGUGGGGUAA